CUCGAAGCAGAAGAGGAGGAGGAGGUUUUUCUUAAAUCUAGGGUUUAUGCUUAGGGAUCAAAGUAGAUUUGGGGAUUUUAAUCAAAAAUGGUUACGAGCAGCGAUCAAAUCCAAGAUGUCUCCGAUGAUCAACAGAAACGAUCGGAGAUCUACACCUACGAAGCACCAUGGCAGAUCUACGCAAUGAACUGGAGCGUUCGUCGCGAUAAGAAGUACCGUCUCGCCAUCACCAGCCUCAUCGAGCAAUACCCGAACCGCGUCGAGAUUGUGCAGCUCGACGAAUCCAAUGGUGAGAUUCGAUCUGACCCUAAUCUCUGCUUCGAGCAUCCUUACCCACCAACCAAAACCAGUUUCAUCCCCGAUAAAGAGUGCCAAAGACCCGAUCUUCUCGCUACCUCAAGCGACUUCCUUCGUCUAUGGCGAAUCUCCGACGACGAAUCACGCGUUGAGCUCAAGUCUUUUCUCAACAGCGACAAGAACAGUGAGUACAGUGGUCCACUCACCUCUUUCGAUUGGAAUGAAGCUGAGCCGAGACGAAUCGGGACAUCUAGCAUCGAUACGACUUGUACGAUCUGGGAUAUUGAUCGUGAAGUUGUUGAUACUCAGCUUAUUGCUCAUGAUAAGGAGGUUUACGACAUUGCUUGGGGUGGAGUCGGCGUCUUCGCCUCUGUUUCAGCUGAUGGAUCGGUGAGGGUUUUCGAUCUCCGUGAUAAAGAGCAUUCGACGAUCAUCUACGAGAGCUCUGAGCCGAGUACUCCUUUGGUGCGUCUUAGCUGGAACAAGCAGGACCCGAGGUAUAUGGCUACUGUGAUCAUGGACAGUGCUAAAAUCGUGGUCCUUGACAUUCGGUUUCCGGCUGUUCCUGUUGUUGAGCUUCAGCGACAUCAGGCAAGCGUAAAUGCCAUAGCUUGGGCUCCUCAUAGCUCCUCACACAUCUGCACUGCUGGAGAUGAUUCUCAGGCUUUGAUUUGGGAUAUUUCUUCCAUGGGACAGCAUGUUGAAGGUGGUCUUGAUCCGAUUCUUGCUUACACAGCCGGCGCUGAGAUUGAGCAGCUUCAGUGGUCGUCUUCUCAGCCUGAUUGGGUUGCCAUUGCCUUUGCCAACAAGCUCCAGAUUCUCAGGGUCUGAUUUUGUUGGUAUGGAUCUCUGGCAAAUAUAGAUGACCGUAGCUUAUUGUUUGUUUGCUAGAUUUAUGUUGGUCAUUGUCUUGAAGAAUGUGAGCCUUUGCACUGACUCUUAGCUGUUGUUGAUUAAUGAUUGUUAUAACAAGGUUGAUUGAUCUUCCUCUCACAGUGUGAUCUUUACAAGUAUCAUCUGCAAGGACUAUGUACCUUCAUAAUUGUGAAUAACUAUUAGCUUUGAAUUUAGUCUUGAUA